CUAGUCUUCUGUGGGUAGUGAUCUUGCCGCCAUUUUGGACUUCUUUUUUCCCCCUCCCCUUCUCCUUCUUUACAGCACUUGAAAAAAGCAGCGAUUGAGCGCUUCCUUUCCGUCUUACUUGGCGAGCCGCACGGUUAGAAAACUCGAGCUAUGUCCGCCAGCAGGAACCUGAAGCAAGUGAGGAUCGAGAACAGUUCUCCGGCGUCGGCACCUCCGAUGAGCAUGGUGGGCGGCGGCUCCAUGAAGGCGCUGAGAGGUUUGGAGAAGCCGUCCAACAACGAAGCUUUGGCCGCCGCGAUGGCGAUGGCGAAGGCGAAGAAUGAGGAGGAGGGAAGCGGCGGUGGCUUUACGGUCGACAUUAAGAGCUUCCUGAAGCCCGGCGAGAAGAGCUAUACGCAAAGGUGCCGCCUCUUCGUCGGGAACCUUCCCACCGACAUCACCGAGGAGGACUUUAAACGCCUGUUUGAGCGCUACGGGGAGCCCAGCGAGGUCUUCAUUAACCGCGACCGCGGCUUCGGCUUCAUCCGCCUGGAGUCCAGGACCCUGGCUGAAAUAGCAAAGGCAGAACUUGAUGGAACAAUUUUAAAGAGCAGGCCACUUCGAAUUCGAUUUGCCACCCAUGGAGCUGCUUUAACAAUUAAGAAUCUUUCACCAGUUGUUUCCAAUGAGCUUUUGGAACAAGCUUUCUCUCAGUUUGGGCCUGUGGAAAGAGCAGUUGUUGUCGUAGAUGAUCGUGGUAGAGCAACAGGCAAAGGUUUUGUGGAAUUUGCUGCAAAGCCUCCAGCGCGUAAAGCUCUAGAAAGAUGUGGUGAUGGUGCAUUCUUGCUUACAACAACACCUAGACCUGUUCUUGUUGAACCUAUGGAACAAUUUGAUGAUGAAGAUGGUUUGCCUGAGAAAUUAAUGCAAAAAACACAACAGUACCAUAAGGAAAGAGAACAGCCCCCACGUUUUGCCCAACCUGGAACAUUUGAAUUUGAAUAUGCUUCACGAUGGAAAGCUCUUGAUGAAAUGGAAAAACAACAGCGGGAACAAGUUGAUAGAAAUAUUAGAGAAGCUAAGGAGAAGCUAGAAGCAGAAAUGGAAGCAGCUCGGCAUGAGCAUCAGUUAAUGUUGAUGAGACAAGAUCUUAUGAGGCGUCAGGAAGAACUGAGACGUUUAGAAGAACUUCGAAACCAAGAGCUACAGAAAAGAAAGCAGAUACAAUUAAGGCAUGAAGAAGAGCAUAGGAGACGUGAAGAAGAGAUGCUGCGUCAGAGGGAACAGGAGGAACUGAGGAGGCAGCAAGAAGGUUUCAAGUCAAAUUUCUUGGAUACUAGAGAACAGGAAAUGAGAAUGGGUGAUAUGGGUCCUCGUGGAGCAUUAAACAUGGGAGAUGCCUUUAGCCCAGCACCUGCUGGAAACCAAGGUCCUCCUCCUCCACCUACAAUGAUGAGUAUGACUAUGAACAACAGAGGGACAAUGCCUGGCCCAGCAAUGGGGCCAGGUCCUUCGUUGGGGCCAGAAGGAGCUACAAACAUUGGAACCCCAAUGAUGCCAGAUAAUGGAACAGUGCAUUCUGAGAGAUUUCCUCAAGGAGGCCCACCACAGAUGGGUUCACCUAUGGUUAAUAGACCAGGCUCUGAAACUCCUCAACCAGCUAUGGGUGGUGUAGGUGCCGUCAAUAGUGGACCCAGUGGCUUUGGUAGAGGAAAUCCUGGGGGCAGCUUUGAAGGACCUAACAAGCGUCGCAGAUAUUGAAACAUUCAUUUUUGUACUCUUGUGAAAUUGAAUGAAUGACUAUCUGGUGUUUUAACUAUAUAAUUUCAACUGUUACUUUUGAAUGGUUUUACUGUUAAUAUAGACAUUAACCUUUUUUGUAAACUAUAUAGACUUUUUUUUUGUAUUUAGUCAUAGGCUUAGGAUAGUAUAGAAAUAAUGCACUUCAUUUUUGUACAUCAGUUGUUUGUGACUGCCACAAAAUAUAAUGUGACCAUGCUGUGAAAUUUGUGAGUUACAUGCUUACAAUAAAAUAACAGUUUAAAUGAUUUUGAAACACUGCUAUGAAUACUAUCUUUAAAUUUAAUUGUAAUUAUCCAUAAUUAUUUUUCUUUGACAAUGCCUAUCUUGGGGGGGGAUCUGCUUUAUCCAUUGUAAUUGUAUGAAAAUAAAAAUGCAGCUUGCAAUACAUAGAAAAAGUUGGGGUUAAUGCAGCUUUAGAAAAUAUGAAACUAUUGGUAAGCCAAUAUAGAUUUGUGUUUUUUUAAUCAAAUAUGUUAUUUUUCAACAACCUGUAUAAAUCUCUUUGCAAUGGGAUUGUUAUCGUAAUGUAAUCCUGUGUUCAAGUUCAAAUAAACAUUUUGAGCCUUGGAAACGUACAAGUAGUGAAUAUUCACCUAUGAUCUUAACUAGAUUAUGUAUGGAAAUAAUUUCAAAGAAAACAAAUUUCAUCAUUUAAUGGAUCAUUACUACUAUUUGCAUUUGUGCUUCCUCUGUAGUGGAUUUAUAAAAUAUAUUCAAAGUAUUCUUUUUCACCCAAAACACAUUUUCUUUUUUAAAAAAUAUUUGCUAGAUUCCUGUCUUUCAAUAUUAAAGAAAAUGCUUUGUUUAACAAAUUCUGGAAACACUAGCAACUACUAGCACUUAAUAAUUUUGGUAGGCAAAAUAUUUUCAGUUCUGCACUUCAUUUAAAUAUGUAAAUUCUUUUCUAUUCUUCCUAGAUGAAAUAGACUAUGCCAACUGGAAAUAAAAAUAUGAAUAGAAAACUAUCCAGGACUUCAGUUAUAUAAUGCAAGUUAAACGUAACAGGAUUUUAAUAUAUACUUGUAUAAUUAUAGUAUCAUGAAAGCAUUUUGUAUUGGAUAUUUAUUUUGUUUUAUUUUGACCGCUGUAUAGGCAAAUCAGGUACAUUAGAGAUACACGGGAAACAGCUGUUACUGCAUAAGCAUAACAUGGAGCAGUGAUGACUCAAUGGUUAGAAUGGUUAGGCUAAGUCACUGCACACUGCCAGGAAUUUGAUUCUGAUCAAAUUUGAUUCUGAUUCGGUUCAAGAUUGACUCAGCCUACUAACCUUCUCGGGUCAGUAAAAUGAGGACCCAGAUUGUUGAGGGCAAUAUGCUGAUUCUGUAAACCAUCUAGAGCAGGGGUGUCAAACUCAAGGUUAGGGUUAGGGUGCUUAGAUCUGGCCCACGGGGCCACUCUGGAAACAGCGAAGGACUGGGCCACGGUGCCUCUGCCAAUGAAAAUAGCUUGGGGGUGUGUGUGCACAAACUCCGUUUUAGCUGGCAGAGGGUUUCAGGAGGCCGUUGCAGCUGAAAACGGAGCCCGGGAGCCUGUUUUCGCUGGCAGAGCGCUGGCACCCUCGACACAAGUGACAGUGAGAUGGCCAUGCCCACCUUGGCCAUGCCCACUCUGGCCCUCCCAAGGUCAAACACAACCUUGAUGAGGCCCUCAAUGGAAUUGAAUUAAAUUGAGACACCCCUGACCUCGAGAGUGCUGUAAAGCACUAUGAAGUGGUAUAUAAGUCUUAAAUGCUACUGCUAUUUCAUGUUAUAGGAGUGGACUAAGUAUAUGGUUAAACAUAUUUAUUGCCAGUGCAAAUUUGAUAAGAUUAUUUUUAAGAAACAAGAUGGAAGACUUCUCUGAUCCCAUAUUUAUAUGAAGCUAAAAGAUUUGCCUAGGAUAUAAGGGAGUGUGUGAAGCAAAUGAUUAAAGGUCUUACAAUGUUAUUACACAAAUACUACAGCUUACCUAUUUGCGUGAAAUAUUAAUGCAAAUAUGUAAUUUGCAGUAUUUGUAUCCUUGUUUUCCUAAAAGAGAUCCACACGGUCAUAUUUUUAUCUAUGAAAAGGUGAAUGAGUAUCUUUAUAUUGAUACUGAAUACUUCAGUUUUUCUUGUUCUAUCGGCUGCAGAAACUACAACUAGAUUAUCGGGUCUUAGAAUUUAUUAUGCUAUUUGUUUAAAGAAACACUUCCUAGAUUUACAUUUUAAGAAUUAUAAUAUCAAUAUAUUAUAUAUUGAUAUAUUAUAUAUUAUAUUAUAUAUUAAAAUAUAUGUAUAUGGCUCUAAUUUUCAAUACUUCCAUUAUGUCACUCUUAAAUAAUAAAGAGAUCAUGCACUCAGCUAUAUUUAAGUCACAGAAUCUAAAUAAUAAGUUCAAACAUUCUGACCGAAUCGUAGGUUUGAAACAUGAAGGUAGUCCUUGGUUAAUGAUGUGAUGUCACUUGACCAAGCCAUCUCAUAUGACAGCUCCAGCAUUCCAGUUAUCCUUGUUAAGCGUUAAACAUAACAAUACUUGGUUACCAUUUACAACUACCUGAUGGCUUCCCCACUUUCUUGCCUGUUUGCAAGGAUUGUUUUUUUUUUAAUCUUCCUUGAACAUUUUAACAUUUGCACCAUGAAUAGGGGUAAUGUGAUUUUAUUACAGAACUGGAACUUAAGCUAGUAAAAAUCCUAAUGACAGAACGGCUUAUGUAUAAGAGCUUAGAUUAUUGAAAAAAUAAAUGAAACUGCUGUUUAAUUUAAUGAGUGAUUUCUGUUACUUUUAUUGAAUUCAUUUGCACACAACACCUUUAAAGAAAACUUGUUUUCCAAGAAUGCAUGGAAAUUACUCAAUCCCAGGAAAAGAUUUAGUUGCUUUAAGGGUUUGCAGUAUUAAUACUUUUGAGAAGCACCAGUUUUACAAUUUUUUCCAUGCAUCUAUUAUCUUUAAAAUGAAAUGUAUUUAAAUUAUAACUAGAUUGCACAUUAAUUUUGUGAUGCGCAAAGAAUUUUUUAAAUGAACAGUUUGUUUAAAUACUUCGAUAUACUAUUAACUUUUCUGAAUGUGUUAAUUCACUAUAGACUAUUUUCUUUCUCAACUUUUUAAAAUUCCAGAUUUCUAAAACAUCUGUUACCCUGUCUAUUACCUCGGGUACUAAUUUUAAUACUGAUAUUUGGAAUUGAUUAGCAAAAACAUUUUUAAAAUAAACACUGUCGACAGAAAGUAACUUCUUUUUAAGUCUAAGUUACGCAUAUUCAUUUUAGAUUUUAACUGGAUUAUCAGAAUAUGUUUUCGUAUAACAAUAAACCAAGAUUUCUUUGGCGAAUGGUUUCUUAAGCAAGAAAAAAAUGAAACAAGUAAUCUGACUUUUUUUAGCUAAUUCCAGGUUUAUUUUCUCGUGAAGUUUUAGUAUCGCUUUAUAAUGCUUUGGUAAAACCACACUUGGAAUAUUGCAUCCAGUUUUGGUCGCAAGUAUAUAAAAAAAAUGUUGAGACUCUAGAACAGGGGUAGUCAACCUUUUUAUACCUACCGCCCACUUUUGUAUCUCUGUUAGUAGUAAAAUUUUCUAACCACCGGUUCCAGAGUAAUGCGCCAUGUAUCGUUGUCUGGGCAUGCCUUUUGCACAUCGUGGAUUGGGUUUGGGGGUGGGGGGCACCGGCUAGCAGCUCUGCUUGUCUGUUACAGCUGGGUGGUGUGGGGAGAUGUGCGAGCUAUUCUGGGAUGAGGCUGUUUUGUUUGUGGUUGCACUAUAGCGCCAUUUGGUUUCACUUACAUAACGUGAACUAAACUUAUGCGCGGGUGAUACAAAUAUAUUUUCAGAAAUUUAAAUUGUCACGGGGAAUUUUAUGAAAACCUAAUGAAAAUAUUUUUAAAUAAUGCUAUGAAUUUUUUUUAAAAAGUCAAUUAAAUAAAAAAAAAAGAAAGUGCUUCAGUAUCGGACAAAACCCCUACCGCCCACCAUGAAAGCUGGAAUGGCCAAUAGUGGGCAGUAGGGACCAGGUUGACUACCACUGCUCUAGAAAGAGUUCAGAGAAAAACAACAAAGAUGAUUAGGGGACUGGAAGCCAAAAUGUGGUUGGGUAUGUCCCAUCUAAAGAAAAGAAGGACUAGGGGUGACAUGCUAGCAGUGUUUCAAUAUCUGUGGGGCUGCUACAAGGAAGAGGGAGUCAACCAAAGGACCUGAAAGCAGGACAAGAAGUAAUGGAUGGAAACUAAUCAAGGAGAGAAAGCAAUCUAGAACUAAGGAUAAUUUUUUUGACAGUUCCAAAUAAUUAGUGGACGUUGUGGGUGCUCCAACACUGGAGGCUUUUAAGAUGAGAGUGGAUAAACAUUUGUCAGAAAUGGUAUAGAGUUUCCUGCUUGAGCAGGGAGAUUGGUCCCUUCCAACUCUGUUGUACUUUUAUUUCUUUGACCAUUGUUUAGAGGAAAUGGAUAAUGCAAAGUAAUAUAUAUAUAUAUUUUAAUUUCAGGAAUAAAUUUAGGCUAUAUUCUAAUGGAAUGGACACAUUCACAUCAUGAUCUUUGACUGUUGUGCUUUAGCUUCAAUGAAAGUUCCUUCUUUCUGCUGCCAUCAUUAUGCUAUGAUACCACAUAAUCACUUUUGCUUUUGGAAAGGGUUCUAUUGAAUGAAACAUGAUUUACUUUUCAUUUACUUUACUUCUCAGUCAAGCAAAUUGUCAGUAUUUGUUAUGCCUAUUUUUAGAUGUAUUUAUCAUGGAGUAAAUAUAUAUUUUACAAUGGUUUAUAAAACCAGUAUUCAUUAUCUAGUUUUGCUCUUAUAUAAUAAACUGAUCUUUCUGAGCUUGGCAUUGUCCAUGUGUGUUAGAUUAAAAUUUUCAUAACUCCAAUCAGCAAUUAAAUUGUUUAAAUAUCAGGAUUUGACUGUAGGCAUUCAUAAUACAAUUUCUGAUUGUGGUAUAAUGAUUGAUUUAAUUGCUGGUUUACAUAGUUGGGGUCAAAAUAAAACAAAAAAAAACACCAAAAUGGCUUACAUACAUAGACGAAUAAGAAAAUGAAAAAACAAUCUUCAGUGUUCAUAUUUUUCAGUGUGAUUCUGGCAACAGUACAGAUUAAAUAUAAUAGAGAAAAAUGAGCAUAUGCAUAUCUAUCUGGUAUGAAAAUGCAUAUGUUGAUACAAAACAUGCAUAACCACCUAUUAGAAAAAUUCAUAAAAUGUAAGAUAAAAACAAAAACUUGAGUUUAUUAAUAAAUCCUUUAGGGAAAGCAUGUCCAAAAAUAUCCCAAACAUAGAUUGGCGCAGGAUAAUGCAAUAAAAAGUUGGAACAUUUUAAAACCAUAUUAAUAUUCAAAUACCCUUGGUCUUGAGUCUUAUUUUUUGGCUUGGAUAAUUGAUUUUAUCAAUGUAAUCACAACCAGCUUUGUAGAGCACUGCAUGAAUUGAUAAUUGAAAAAACUGAAGAGUAUUUUUCUACUAUCUGAAGUUUAAAAUAUUGGUGAUGUCAUAUUCAUAAAAACAAGUUGAAGAUUUUUUUUGUCAGAGGUUGCUCAAAUUUAAAUGAAUUUUUAAAUCAAAUAUCUAGGAUACAGAUCCAGCAUUCAUGAAAAGUAAAAUCAUAUAUAUAAAUUACAUUGGACCACAGGUAGUCCUUGACUUGCAGCAGAUCAUUUAGUGAACAUUCAAAUUUAUAAUGGCCCUGAAAAAGUGAUUCAUCGUUUUUCAUACUUUCAUCUUUGCAGCAUCUUCUCGCUCAUGUGAUCAAAAUUCAAACACUUGGCAACUGACUCAUAUUUAUGACUGUUGCAGUGUUCCAGGGUCAUAUGAUCACUUUGUUACCUUCUGACAAAGUCAAUAGAGAAGCCAGAUUUCCUUUAUUACUAUGUUAUUAACAUAACAAUUGCAGUGAUUCACUUAACAACUGUGGCAAGAAAAUUUGUAAAAUGGGCAAAACCCAUUUAACAACUGUCUUGCUUAGCAACAAAUGUUGGACUUAACUGUGGUUGUACGUUGAGGACUACCUGUAGUUUGGAACUUGAUUUCUAGAGAUAUGACAUCUCUAAUCAAUAAAUCUAGUUUUUUCUUCCUAGUGUUUUCCCCAAGUACAGGGUCUGUUCUUCCCCCCUCCAUCAAGUGUGUAUUCAUCUGUUGAUUGCAACAGGAAUUGACUGACUGGUUUGUUACCCAAAUCUGACAUUGUGAGCUGAAAGAGUGACUGGUCCAAAGUCACCCAGCUGGCUUUCAUGCCUAAGGCAAGACUAGAAGAACUAAAUAAUUUUUAAUCAAACUCUUGAAUAUAAGCUUUAUGUUGGUUUGAAAAUGAACUUUUUUCAAUGUUGGCUAAUAAAGUAAACCUGAUCAUGAUGGCAUUAUUACCAUUAUCCCCAGUGUCAGAAUUUCAACUAUUUUCUCGUGUUUGAACAGGAAUUUAAAAUACUUUUGCUGAAAUAUUAUUAUUCUGCUCCUCUUCAGGAUGGACAACUUCCAGUAAAAAUUCCUAGGGAACAACAGAUUUUAUCAAUCCAAUUCCACAAGAAGAAAAAACCAUAGAAUGACAUUUUGUGUAAUUUUCAUACUAGUCAUAGGAAAAAGAACUAUGAACUGGAUAAAAUAAUUUAAAUUAUAUAUCAUUAACAUCAAAUUAUUUCUGAUGUGAAGAAAUUCAUAGGAAGUGAGGUGUAGUUUGAGAAAAGGAAAUACAUAAGAAAUCUUACUGCUUAAGUAAACUGACUUAAAAACUUGAAUUGGUUUGAAUACACUUUUUGCCAUCAAAACAAAUUCUAGAAUCUUGUUUUCAUCUUGGGUGAAGAUGUUUUAACUUAUCUUCAUUUUUUCAGAGAUGGACAGUUUAUAAAAACAAUGGUAGUCUCAAGAUGUUAAAACCAAAAAUUGUUUUCCAUUUCUAUUUGUGCAGGAGGAAAUGAAUAUCUUUUAAACUAGCUAUAAUUAAACUUGUAACAAGGAACUGUGGUUAAAGUGGGUAAUGGAAACUUAUUUUUGAAUAUUUAAAUUUAGAUUUUGGAAAGUAUAUAUGUAAUUUUACUUACUGUAUAACAAUUUUGUCUAGAAUAUCUUCGCAGUUAGAUUUCACUAUAUCUGAUGAUUAUUUUUGAUACUGCAAUAAAACAGAUUCUCACGUUAAAUAUUUCCUAACUAUUCUGUUGUGAGUUGUAAGUGACUGACGGUAUUCUGUGAUCACUUAAAACAUGGAUGUCUCAGGCAGCUUAUCUUUGAAUAAACUUCCUAUAUAUAUCUGUUACAAAAUGUAACUAUAGAAUUUGUUUUAUUUACUGUACAUUAUCUUAUAAACUAUAAUUACAAAAAUAUGGAAGCAGCAGGGAUUGCUUUGUGGAGGUGCAGUUAGAAUGCUGUACUGCAGGCUCAACUCUGCCCACAGCCUGCAGCUCAAUCCUGAUCGGCUCAAGGUUAACUCAGUCUUCCAUCCUGAGGUCGGUAAAAUGAGGACCCAGAUUCUUGGAGGCAAUAUGUUGACAUUUGUAAACCACUCAGAGUGCUGCAAAGCACUACGAAGCGGUAUAUAAGUCUUAAGUACUAUUGCAGAUAGCCCUCACUUACCAAUUAUAGUUGAGACCAGCAACUCUUGUCACUAAGCGUGCAGUUGUAAAAUGAAAAGUUACAUGACCAUGAUUGACUAUCAGUUCUGACUGCAUUUGUUAAGUGAAUCACUGUGGGUUGCUGAGUACAGUAUCAUGUGGCUGAAAAUUGUGACUUCCUGCUGGUUAGAACCCAACUGUGAGGGUGACAAAUGGUGAUCAGGUGACUUUGGGAUACUGCAAACUCUUAUAGAAGUGUGCCAGUUGCCAAACACAUGAAUCAUAAUCGUGUUACAACAAGGAUCCUGCGAUGGCUGCAACUUGAGUACCAGCCAUAAGUCUUUUUUUCGCUCACCAAGUGAUUGGUAAGUGAGGACUAGUUGCAUAUAUUGAUCUGCAUUGCUCCAUUUAGCUCUUCAGCAGAUCCUGAUGAGUUUCUACAGAUAGUCUGCACUGUGAUAAAUCUUACAGAAUGUAUUUUAAACUAUUUUUUAACCUUUAUUAUGCAGAAACAUGUAAACUGUAUAUUUUAAAAACUUGUUGAGCAAUUUUAGUUGCUUUUGAAAUUUAGGUGGGUGAAAAAGUCUAGUUUCAGCAAAAUUGGUGAUUCAGAAAAGCAAAGCUUAAAGGCUAAUUUACUUGUUUCUUUAUUAGAUUUUUAUUCCAUCUUUUUUACAGUAUAAGUAACUUCAGGUGGGAAACAAUAAUCUUUCCAUCACCUCUCUUCCCCAUAACAACAACCCUGUGAGACGGGUUUGGCUGAGAGAGAAUCAAAAAUUGCCUAGCCAGCUUUCAUGGCUAAGGCAGGACUAGAACUCACAGUCUUCUGGUUUCUGGGCCAGCAUCUUAGCCACUACACCAAAUUGGAUUUACGUUUUCCAUGUAAAAGAUAACAAGGUUAAUUUUCAGCAUCAUUUUCUAGAAGCAGGAAUGAGUUCCUGUGGAAAUUCAGGAGAGCUGUUGCAAAGCAGAUCGUAUAAUAAUUGAGUUAGGUAGCCAAGUUCUCUUUGAUUCUGCAUAAGGUAGCUUUCUGAAAAACUCGUAUUUAUACCAUGCUGAAUAUAAAGAAUAUGGCCUACCGUUUUUUUGAGGUAUUGAAAUAGAUCUCAAGUUAUAUAAAGUCUUAUUUCAGUUUAUUCAGUCAUUUUUGUUUUAAAUUUUAAAAUAUUAUGAAGUUAUGGCUGUUUAUGAUCUGAAUAAAAAGUUGUGAGAUGUCAGCAUCUGAUGAAGCAGCAGGAUGUCUGUUUAAGUUACAGUUGGUGAGAGAAAUUUAGAGUGAUCUGUAUUCCUGAAGUACUGUGAUAUUCAGCGUGAUCUGAGCUUCAUCUGAUUCCCGUUAAAAGGUAAAGAGAUUCUGAUCAAACUCCUGAAAAAUAUACUAUAGAGAAGCCUUAAUUAAAUGAAUUCUUUAUUGGAAAAUUUAUGAAAUUUUAAGAUACUUUAAGACACUAAUGAGUCAGGGCUGAUAUUGAGAGCCCAUCCCCAUAAAAAAUACCUACAUCAGUGGUCUGAUGCUGUUCGUGAUACAGUAUUGUGAAACUAAAUCAUGUUGUGAUCGAAGGGGAUCUCUGCUCAUCUCAGAGAAGAAGUUUUUUGUAAAAGUACUAACAGAACCAUCACCAAAAGCCUCUCACCAAUCCAUCAUCAAUCUGAUAGUGUGUAAUCGGAGGGUAUGUCCAAUUACUGUUUUCGUUCCCAAGAGUGGGUCACCCACCAAAUAUCACCUGCUAAUGGCAGAUAUUUACUGGCCACUCAUGUCAUUGGUCAGAAGUUCAACACAAGGUAAUGACUGAAUGAGAGUGAAGUGUACGGGAGGAUGUUGAUGAAAAACAUUGCUAGUCAGGAAGCAUGUUGUCAUGCACCUCACAUUUAUCAAAAUCUAUCUGCAUGAUUCAGCAAGGCUAUUGGAAUGUAUUCCUUGAGCAGAUGAGAAUAAAGUGAAAAAAAUUGCCUUGAAUGAGAGAUGCUGUAUUUGGGGACAAGAUUGUAUUCCAACAACAGAACAUUAUGUUUACUGAAAAGCAUGGUGAUGUAAAUAUCAGGGUGUUUUUCAACCUCAGAAGCCACCUUAUAAUAAUAACAGGAAUAUGGAAUUUGGAUUGUACAACAGAUUCUACAAGAAAUCAUCAGAUCUCACAAAUCUAUGGUAGAAUGGCUAAAGUCGAGUUAAGUUUCACAUUUUUAAAUGGCCAAGCCAAAUUCCUGUCCUUAACUCAAUUGAAAUAUUAUGAUAUGAACAAGUUAUCUAGGACCAUCUAGAAAUAACUGAGUUGAAGGACAGGAGUAUUAGCUAAAGGAGUAAUUAUUUAAUAUAGCUAAAGCUGUGGCUUAUAUUUUUCCAACAUAAGUCAUUAAAUGUUGGCUUAUAAAUGAUAUGACACAGUACCCUGUUUUGUAGUUACUUAGCGAAAUGUAUUAAGGGGUUUUAAAUGAGGCUGAUACAUUGUAGACUGUGGUAUUGCAAAAUCAUAGAGUUCUGAAGAGUUUCUUUUAUCACUAUACACAGACUUUUUGAAAGGCUGAAAACUGCACCUUAGAGCAUUAGAUGACUAAAAGAGUUUCAGCAUUUUGAUAUGUUUAAAAAACAGAGAAUCAAAAAUAUUGACCAGGAAGCUAUUAAAUGUAUUCUUAUUGUGAACAUAGUUAACAAUUCAAGUGAUAUCUUGUAAGGAAAUAAUAAGUAUUAUGCAUAUUUAAGCAUGCAUAGUUCUGAAGAUGAUAUGAAUGGAUUAUAGAAUUUAAGGAAAUCUAUUGUAUUUGCUAUUUUAGCCAAAAUAAUAGUUUAUCAUAUCCCGUGCAAAGAUUGUUUAAUGUUUAGCCAAGAAUGCUUCACAGAGGAUACAGCUUAGUGCAAUAAUUUAUAUUUCUCUGUCAUGCUAGCUUAUUAGAUAUUUUAACGUAUCAUUUGUAUUCAAACUGGUGUCACAAAUCUUUAGAUGCUCUCUGACAUUCCUUUCUUUGCAUAUUAAGUGAAAAGCUCAAAAUAUAAUAUUUUUAUACUAUUAUCCUAUGUUCAAAUACUUAUGAAUUAAACCAUAAAUUUAUUCUUAUUAGAUAUUCUUUUAACAGAGGACUAUAGAGUAUAGGAAUACAAUAUGAAAAAAACUAAUCCAUAACUUUCUGCAAUGGCAAACAGCCUCUCUUCCCCUGACAUUCUUGCACAUGUAUGGCGUGGCUUAAGAAGUUAAAGCUCCAGAAAGACUUUUAAACCUGCUGUCUCUGUUUUGGAAGUGGAAUUAGGCUUAUCCCAGUUUCUGCUGAAAUGAAAGCAAGUCUUUUGACUUAAGUCAAAUACGCCAUCCUCCUUAAAUAAAGUUGAAAAGUGUGGACGGGAAAGGACAUAAUGGGGAUACAGUUGCUUGAAAUGCUACAAGUAAAAGGAAGCUGUUAAGAUUCUGAAGUACGGCUGAAGAUGCAAAAUCACCUGGGAAGGAUGAAUUCUUUAUAAUAUUUCAGGACAGUUGCACCAUGCAGAAUUAAGCAAGCAAUUGUGAUCUUGGGGUUGAAUUGACAAAGAGGAAUCAUCUUAAGAACAGUAAUCAUUAAAGCAACCAGGACUACAACGAGGACACCAUUUUAAAACUUUGAAGUUGGAGUACAGCUUCAAAACUUCAUUCAGCUUUUGAUUGAAGAAUCCAUCUUGAAACUUAAGAGAGCCCCACAUUAUUUGAUCAAAUAUAUUGCUCCUGUGAAACUGAAGUGGAAACCUAUAUCUACAUAAGAACAAUGCUUGAAUUGAGUAUUUGUGAUAACUAUGUAAAUUUUCAGUCAUUAAAUGAUUCCAAAAUUA